CGCAGUUGUAUAAUGUAAUCAUGUUAAACGUAUUGCAAUAUUGUGUUUGUUUAAAUAAAAAUGAUCGGACAAAGUAUAUAUAAAAAUAAAUAAAUAAAACUUUAGGUAGUCCGUAUAAAAAAGUAGUGGUUCUUAAUGAAGAUUAUAUUAUUUUAGAAAGAAUUAAAAGUUGUGUACUGCUCAGUUUGUACUACAACACUUAUCUUUGAAUAAGAGAAUAUUGUUUUAAUAUAACAACGUAUCAACAAUUCUCGAGGUACCAUAGCCAUGCAUCCAUAGAAACUGUAAGUAACACAAAUAAAAUGCUUAAACUACUUAACAGAGGACAUUUGAAGAGUACGUGGUGGUUACUAAUUGUAAUACCUAUCGCAUCCGCCGGCUUUGCCUGCCUUAAUAAUCCUUGCGUACAUGGGAUAUGUAUUGAUGAUAUUAAUAGUUUUAGCACAUAUUUAUGUUAUUGCAUUGAUGGAUAUACGGGUGUUCAAUGCCAAACAAAUUGGGACGAAUGCUGGUCAAACCCUUGCCAAAACGGUGGCACUUGCAUAGAUGGUGUGGCAUCUUACAACUGUUCUUGCCCGGAUGGCUUCAUUGGCGAUAAUUGUGAGACAAAUUACAACGAAUGCGAUUCAAACCCCUGUUACAACAAUGGCACAUGCAUUGACAUGACUAACGAGUACGUAUGUCACUGCAUCCCCGGCUUCUCUGGAGAUCACUGUGAGUUAGAUGUAGCAGUGUGCAACUCGACGGGGGAGGUCAGGUGUCACAAUGGAGGCGAGUGCAUUGAGGGUCCCGGGUUCAAAUUUUAUUGCAAAUGUUCCGCAGGAUGGACUGGACACAAAUGUGAAGACCAGAUCGAUGAAUGCGAGUCGAAUCCAUGCAGGAAUGGUGGCAUAUGCAUCGACGCUCAUGCUGAUUACAUGUGCGCGUGCACAUACGGUUUCACUGGUAAAAGCUGCGAGGUAGCGAUAGAGUUCUGCUCUCAGGACUCCUGCAGCGAGAAGGCGCUGUGUGUUCUGGAAGACGGGUUGCGAGUCUGUUACUGUGUGCCCGACUAUCAUGGGGAACGAUGUGAACUACAGUACGACGAGUGCGCACUAGGACCAAGAUGCCUGAACGGCGGGACGUGUAUAGAUGGCGUUGACAAUUUCACAUGCUCAUGUCCACCAAGACUUACAGGACUUCUUUGCGAGUGUCUUAUUUUGGAUGACGGAAAUUAUGAUUGUGAAUAUAUUCGUCCAACUCUUCUACCAGACCAUAGUACAGCCACUCCUUCCUUUACUGAAACCAUAAUAAUAGACACAAGUACCAUGGAAUCGAAGUAUAAUUCAAGCACUACCACCACUAGCCUCAGUACUAUCGAUAGCGGCACCAGUAUUGAUGUCAUUACUACGGACAUGGCAAUUUAUACGAAACUAGAUAAUGUAACGGACAUACCAAUAACCGCUUCCAGUACAGACACAAUAGUAACAGAAAAUCUAACAACAAGCACAGAAAUAUCUGAUAUGACAACUGAUUCAUUGACUUCAACAUCAAUUUCAACAUCUCGAUCAACAACGAAAGAAGAUUCGGUUACUGAAAUAGUUACGAUUCUGAUAGAAACGAAAGGUACUAUAGGAGCUGAUGAUUCUAAGACAGAAAUAACAACAGAAUGUAGUGGAUCGUGUCCGAAAGGAAAUUUUUCCACUAGUGAUUUACCACCAACCACUAUAACUUCAAUAGAAACAACUGAAGGAAUCACUACUUCCACAGAAAUUACUAAACAAACAGCAACGGACACAACAGUUCAGACAACUGUUGAUCUUAAAGAAACAACAAAGCAAAUGACGUCAGAUACCACAGAAUAUACUCAUCAAGCACAAGACAUGACAACAGAAAGAAUGUUCACCGACAGUCCUGUUGAAACAACAGAACUUGCAACCGAAUUAACCCAUCCAAUGACCGAAAUCGAAACAAGUACAGGUUAUAAUCAAAUUUCAACAGCACACUCAGAUUGUACCGACGUCAUCUGUAACAAUCACGGCAGUUGUAUAAACACUCUUCAUGGCGUCAGAUGUCACUGUUUGUUCAAUUACGAAGGAAGAUUUUGUGAGAGUAAAAUUAUUGUUAACUCGGCCGCCUUUGAUGGCACUUCUUAUAUAGCGCAUCAUAUAAAAAAUUCUACCAGCAUAUCUAUAGCGUUCAAAGCCAAAACUCUAAUCCUUGACGGGCAAGUUAUGUACGUGGAUAUAGCUAAGGGCGCUUACAUGAAAUUGUAUAUGAAUUCUGGCUUGUUGAGAUUCGAAUUCUCCUGUGGCUAUCAGACAAUGCUGCUAAGCGAACUUAAAACUCACCUUAACAAAGGAUAUGUUAUGAAAAUUGAAACAAGAUUAGAUAUAUUCUUACCGGAAAAUCAUUGCAACGGAACCCUGAGACUUAAUGACACUGUGGCUAUGAGCGGCGGCCAGUUUGCAAAUAUUAGCUCUCCCGAGUAUAAUUCGAUUCUCUAUUUCGGGAACAUACCUAAUGCUAUUAGAAAUAACUCUAAUGAGAAGUCUUUUAUUGGAUGUGUCAAGGACUUAAUUAUAAACGACGAGAGACGUGAAAUAUUUAGCGACGCUUACGAAGCGUCUGAGGUGAGGGAAUGCUCUUCCUUGUCCUGCUUGUCGUCGCCGUGUGUGAACGGUGGUACUUGCAAUGAUGACGACGAUACAUACUCCUGUGCUUGUGCCAAUGGUUGGACCGGCGCCACUUGCAACGACUCCGUCUGCGACCACAACCCUUGUCAGUCCGGUGGAAGUUGUGUCCAUCACCCCGGGAGCGGAUUCCUGUGCCUCUGUCCAUAUGGCAGGCACGGCAUAUUCUGUGAAUAUAACGUGGAAAUAACACGUCCGUCUUUAUCGCCUAUAUCCCCUGGAAGGUCUUCCUACGUCUUGUAUCCGAUGUCACAGUCCGCAGCGAAUUCUGAUCGUUUUGAAAUGCGUUUGCGUUUUCAAACGUCCGACAUGGAUCAGAUAGCGUUGCUCGCGUUCGUUGGACAAAGAGGAAGACACGAUGCCAGGAGUCAACAUUUAGCUUUGACCUUUGUGAAGGGUUACGUUAUGCUGACGUGGAAUAUGGGCGCUGGACCCCGACGUAUUUUCACGUCCCGUCCUCUGGGUCCACGGCGCGGGGGACACACGGUGCGGAUCUGGAGACGAGGAAGAACAGCCGGCCUCGUGGUCGACGGGCGAUACAAUGUAUCAGGGAACGCACCCGCCCACACCAACAACAUGACUUUACUACCAUACAUCUAUAUUGGCGGUCACCCAUCCGAUGACUUCCGCGACCUGCCCCAUGACCUGCCCCUGCACAGCGGGUGGUCGGGGUGCGUGUUGGAGGUCACGGGUCAGUCAGGGGGAGGACGGGGGGUCGGCGGCCGGGGCGUGGGCCAGUGCGGGGUCACUCAGUGCACCGCCAAGUCCUGUAACGCACCCCGCGGCGUCUGUAUACACUCCCCCGCCACUUACGGAUGCAUCUGUAACGAAGGCUGGUUCGGUGCGACCUGCGCCAGUCCUCACAGUCCGUGCGAUCGAUCGCACUCUCGCUGCCAAGGUGCCUGUGUCAUUACACUCACUGACGCACACUGUGACUGCCCUUACGGCAAGUCUGGACCUAACUGCGAUCAAGAAUUAAUACCAAUCGAUGUUCUAUUCACCGGCGCGAGAUCCUAUCUGAAGCUGAAAGCUAGAUCUAUUUCUAGUGUGAGCUUAGCUCUGGAAGCGGAAAUUAAACCUCAAAAGGAGAGGGGAUUGAUUGUAUUCGUCGAAACGCCGCAUUUCUAUACGUCGCUUUCGCUUCAGGGUGGUUUGUUGGAGUAUAGAUGGACGGAUAAUUUGUCCGGUCUGACGUCACUGGUCCGCUCGGGGGUGGUGGUGUCGGUGUCACAAUGGCACGGCGUGAGGGCGGGUCGCUAUGGCAACCGGCUGUAUGUGUGGGUAGACGGCGCCCUCAGUACGGAACCCAUGCUGGCGCACGCCUACCCGCAUACAGCCAGCGAAGCAUCCAUCGUUAUAGGUGGUAUGAGAGAUCUGUCUCGGUUACCGUUCGAUGUUAUGUCCGGCCCUCCUGAAUCCUACAGCGGCUGCUUUAGGAACUUCCAUCUAAAUAAUAUAUUGUUACCUCUCGAACAACAAAAUAUAGAAGAGGGUCAAAACGUGCUAGCGUGCGAAGGGUCUAGUUGCGGCGCUCGUUGUAGACGAGCGGCAUGUUCCCGCGACACGUGUGCGGGGAGGUGUCGGCGCGGACGCUGCGUGUGUCCGGCGGGACGGGCGGGUGUUACUUGCAGGGAACAUAUAAACAUAACGAUACCUCAAUUCGGAGGGGACGCCAUGUUGACACUCAGUCGGAGCGAUCGUCGAGAACAAUUGAUUGAAGCGUCACCCGCUCGAAUAAAACUCAACUUCAACACCGCGGACCCGAACGGGCUCAUAGUUUGGAUCAAUACGGGUAUAGACUACUUCGGCGUUGGUCUCGAGAACGGAUAUAUUAAACUUAGUUGGUCUGUACAUUGUAACAAUUCAAGUGGUCAAACUACGAGAGACUAUUUUCCGUUACCACCAAAACUAACUCCGACUCUGGUCAGUGCGGGCUUCUUGGCGGACGGAGAGUGGCAUUCGAUUGCAUUGACCCUAAGACAUAACAUCUCUUUGUCUAUCGACGAAAAGUUAUUCGUUGAUCAAGAAUGCAUUCAAAUUGAAGACGAUGAUGACACUGAGUUAUUUAUAGGCGGCGUAUCUGAGGAAGAUGUUAUCGCCAAACAAUUUUAUCCCCAAAAUUUCAAGGGUUGCAUCGACAAAAUAUCAACGAAAAACGAUUUUUAUUUGACCAACUAUUCUGAAAUGCACAGCGAGAAUUUAAAAUCAUGUCUAUUGUUCCCAAUAGUUGGGAAGUAAUAAUUACUUGUUAUUUUUUGUCUCUGCACGUUUGGAUGAAAAAAAUAAUAUAUAGAUUCAUGUUGACCGAAAUAAAAAAAUUGCAUUUGAGAUAAUUUUGUUGUAUUUUGAUGAGUAACGUCUGUGUGUUGCAAUAAUCGUGUUCUAGUUAAGUAUGUAUGUGGGUAGUUUUAAGUGAAAACAAUACUCAACAGUACAAAACUCUUCUAGUCUAACUUAGUGGUAUUGACUUGAUAUGUUAACUUUUUUAUAUUUUGUAAUGGCAACUCUUUACAAUAAAAUAGAUUGACUUAAAACUUUAGAAUAUUGUUUGAGACAAAAAAAAAUAAAAUAGUCGAGUGCAUUGUUGUCACAUGUUAGAUCUGUGGUUUAUUGAAAGAGAAAUUAAACAUAAUUCGUACACAAAAUAUAAUUUUAUUGAUAUAUCCAUGUUUAAUAAAUUGUAUACAUAACAUCAUCAAAUAUUAUAUUAUAAACAUAUACAUUUCGUUAUAAGUUACUAGUUCAAACAAAUACAAUAUGAGAUGCUAUCUCCAUUAAUAUGUAUUAAUUAAAAAAAAAAAUGUGUUUAGUGUCAACACAGUGUUAUCGGCAUACAGUUUAGUGCCAGCCCCUUGGAGCUUAUGAACACUGCG